UGGAAAGGAAAUGCCGUAAUUUGCUUCAUACCGUCGCGCAUACUGUCAGAAAUGUACGUUAGGUGUAAAACGGCAACAACGUGCAGUUUGAGGAAAAACUCUUUAUAAGGAAGAAAUCUGGACUUUUUUGUUGCUGUGUUCACGAUACGGCAUUCGGGGAAACCAUCGGCUCAGGAUGUUUAAAAAAUUUGAUGAAAAAGAAAAUGUUUCCAACUGCAUCCAGUUAAAAACCUCUGUUAUUAAAGGAAUAAAGAAUCAACUCUUGGAGCAGUUUCCAGAUAUUGAUGUAUGGCUCAAUCAGAUUAUGCCAAAGAAGGAUCCAGUAAAAAUAGUUCGAUGCCAUGAGCACAUUGAAAUUCUGACUGUAAAUGGUGAGCUGCUGUUCUUCAGACAACGAGAAGGUCCUUUCUACCCAACUCUUAGAUUACUGCAUAAAUAUCCAUUUAUUCUUCCACAUCAACAGGUAGAUAAAGGUGCAAUCAAGUUUGUUCUCAGCGGUGCAAACAUCAUGUGUCCCGGACUUACUUCCCCUGGAGCACGCUUAAACCCAGCGGGAGCUGAUCAAGUAGUUGCCAUAAUGGCAGAGGGCAAGCAACAUGCUUUAUGUGUUGGAGUUAUGAAGAUGUCUGCGGAGGAUAUUGAGAAGGUCAACAAAGGAAUUGGUAUUGAGAAUAUCCAUUAUCUAAACGAUGGACUUUGGCACAUGAAGACAUACAAGUGAAGUGUCAGCUUUUUUGUUCUCUGCAAAGAAUUGUCCACGCAUGAUGUCAUUUUACUCACUGAUGAGAUAUUUGAUGUUACCAGCAUCUUCAUAAUGAAAUAAAAUCUAUUGUUCUACAUCUCUGCCCCCCAAAAUAUACCUUCUUUGAAGAUACCAAUUUUGUAACAUACAGAUGUAUUUUCUCUGCCAUCAGAAUACUAGUCUGGAUUGCAGUAAGUAGUAAUAUGCAUCAGCAUCCUCCUUUAGUUUUUAGUUAAAUCUGGCUUUUUGAUAUGUCAUCACAGACGCUUGACUUAUACUACAAGUCUAACACAUUGUCAAGGGCUAUUGGUCACAGUCUGCAGGUCUGUAUAAAACUAAACAUCAUUUUUGAAAUUAAAUGACCUGCCAAUGCUGUGCCAAUUUACAUGCUACUUGACCUCUUUCAAAGACAAGUCAGAUAAAACCAACGAUCGCCCAGUGCAAAUUGUGUCAAUCAUCUGAAAUAAUCACACAAACACCUUAUCACAAUCCACUAGUCUUAGCUUAAUGUCUGUAUAUUAUUUACUUAUUUUGUUACUAUUGGGAGCUUUAGAAAUCUAAUAAAUAUUAACAUAUUAA